AUGGUCGCCAGCUGCGUCGGCUGUCUCUCUGUCAGGAGCCGCAAGGCUCCAAGGGAGCGCAGCGAGCCUACGGUUAGCCCCCGUGAGCGAGAGACCAAGCAAGUUCAUCUACCCGCUGACAUGAGCGACAGGAGUGUGCGCAAGAAGCCUGCCAGCAAGGGCUCUUCGCCAGGCUCCACACACAGUGGCUCGACUCAGGACCAUGAGCUCAUCUCCAAUGAUCUCGAUUUCGCAACUUUCCCGGCCACCGUCCAGGUGAGAAGCCUUCCCAUAGUCGUCUUCGACGACGAUGUUGAUGAGCAAAUAGUUUGGGACACUGGCAUCGUCAAAGACGGUGUAGUUAGCCAUGCACCCGGACCACCAGACAUCCGGGUCAAGAACCCGGUGGUCAUGUCGAAUGCCUACCGAGGCUUUGUCGUCCAGCCACAUGAAGUCAGAUACCUGCACUACCGGGAUGUCGGCAUGAUAUUUGCGCGCCCGCUAGGUGGUCGCUUCAUGCAGCCGAGUAUCGACACGAUUCUUGUUUGUCGCGGCUUGGUAGACUGCUUGGCGGAGAUGCGGCAGGUAAAGCGAGUCAUUGACGUGGGAAGUGGUUCUGGUCUGAUAGGAAAGUUUGCUGCGCAUUAUGCGCAGGGAGUCGGUGACUUAGAGGUCACCCUCGUUGACAUUGACCCGGUCGCUACCAAGUACUACCAAAGCAACACCUUCAACGCGCAGAGUGUGGUGGGAGUUGCUGGUCGGACCAUAGACUGGAAGUUUCGUGCAGAGGAUGCGGUGGCCCUUCUCAACGACGAUGCAGGCUUCGAUCUCGUCGUCUCGAACCCGCCCUACAUCCCAACUAAAGGUGAAGCAACAGGCAGUAGCCUGUCGCCGUUGUCCGGAGGCUUCUGGGAAGGGGUAGGUCUGGUCGCGUAUCUCCUGAAGCUCAUUUCGGAGAGACCUGCGGGACCAGAAGCACGACUGGUCAUGAUGAUUUCUUCCCUGACACUAAAGUCACCUGCCAUCAUCAAUGCCCUUGAAGAUGCUGCGAAGCGGGGCUGCAAGAUCCGAGUCCUUGUGGAAAGGGAGAUCGGCUGGAAAGCCUGGUACGCCGGCCCAUCAGCCUUGGAUCACCUGCUCGCAGAUCAAAAGGAACUACGCGAUCGCCGCAAAGUGGCUGGUUGCAAGUUUUUCAUCGGGGCGACUUCGCCGGGCAACAGCCGAACGGGACUUGACGGCCGGGAUGACUUGUGGGGCUACCAUUGGCAUUUUGCCUAUGUCCUAGAAGUCCGAGCGCCUCCUCGCUGA